AGCCAGUUCAAGUUUCUCCGCCGUUGCGUCCGUCAGACGACACGUCCGUCCGACCCGACGACCGCCGCCGAACCGAUUUCACAGACGUAUACCGUUUGGUUACUAUUACUAUUAUACUGUUAUUACUGUUUUUUGAUUUUAAAUUUUUUGCCACGAACAUUUGUAUUAUUUGUGUGAAUUCGCUCGUUGCGUCGUUUUAAUUUACAUAAAUAUUUAUUUUUAGUGCGGUUUUUUUAUUAUUUUACAUAGGUAUAUAUUAUUUUUCGUAUCGCCGUUUUAUUAACGCGUGCACGGCUCGCACUACGUUGAAUCUGCUGAAGUCUUCGUCGUCGUCGUCAAGAGUAUAAUAUACGACUUACACUAUUGUACAAAACGAUCUAUCAUUAUGACACUGUUGCGAUGGUGGACUUGUCGCCGACCCGCUCUUUACGCACCGUACCGGCGGGGCUGACAGUGGAUCCCACAUUCGCGGACAUAACGGUUGAUUUUCAUUCCUGAUAUUUUCCAAUAUUUUUUUUUUUUUUGUGAUAUCUCCGUCUCCGCCGCGAAAAACAUAUUCGUGUCGACAUCGCGACACUGCUGCCCGUGACCCAGCAAUCGCCACAUCAAAAUGCCGAAGAUUUUCCUCAUCAAAAACCGGUUGCACCAGCAGCAACAGAAACUGCUGGAAACCCAAAAGGGAAAUGGCCACGUAUCCUCCGACCCGUUAGUGCAGUCGCUACAAAACUAUCACAAUGACCAUCACCACGAUAGGUUACCGUCACCUCCGCCGCCGUUCUUAAAGCACCAUUAUCAGCACCAUCACCAGCCUACACCGCCGCCGCCGCCUGCGCCGAUAAGGCAGCAUCUGCCGCCGCCACCGCCGCCACCAUCGUCGCCAAAACCGAAGUCCAAAGUCGACCAAGAAAUACCAGUGCCGAAAAUAUCACAAGAGAAAAAUGUACCCAAAAAUGAUUCACUGCAAGAUGAAAAGGUCGACCGAGCAGAUUGUAUUGCGCGAGAAUCACGAAAUAGAGCUGAAUCUCCAAAUCACCGAGUUAGUCCAAAAGUGUCGAUUGAGCCUACUACGCCGAUCGUAUGUCCUCCGUCACCCGAUUGGAAUCCACCGCCAAAAAGGCGAUUCAUAUCCACAUCGGAUGGCGAUAAUAUACCAUACGGUAGUAAAGAUAGCUUGCAGGUAACUCAUCGUCAGUGCGAACCACCAACCAUCAAAGUCGAAGAAGAAGCUUUAACCAGCCCGGAAGCUGAACCAAAAUUGCCCCCACCACCGCCACCACCAGCACCAAAAUGUCAUCAGGUGUCCGUCAUACAAAGAACACCGGCAGCCGUGAAAUCGCCACCUGUCUGCCCGAAAAGACCGUUAACAGAAUCUCCGAGCACUGUCCAAGAACCUGAACAAGACGCACCGAUCGAUUAUCAUGUACCCAAAAAGGAAGCAGAUUUGGACUUGGACAUUGUUCGAGCCAUCAAGAACAAAUUUACUAUAACGUUACGAGGACAGUUAGUUUCAGCACCCAAUGGUAUCAUCACUGCCGCUGCUGGUCGUGGAAGGAGCAGUGGUGGUCAACAAGGGGGUGGCGGUGGAGGAGGUACAAACAGUGGUGGUACCAACUCUGGUUCAAACCGCGGUUCGUCUUUGCAUUCGUACACACUCGGUGGUGGUGGAGGCGGUGGUCCCACCGGCCUCUUGGGUAGUGGUGGCGGCGGAGGUGGCAUGGCCCCAGGCGGUGGUGGCAUGAAUCCUGGUGGCAACGGCAAACAUUUUGGUGGGCCAAAUAGUCCUGUAUCGCUACCACCUUUCCACGAAAGCCUCAUAAAAUCUGGUGGCAAUUGUUACUCCGCUCAGUACAACAACCAAUAUCAUUUGAUGAUGACCGAACAAUUGUGUUUCAAUAAUAAUGACACGGGUCAAAAUCCUGUAACUGGUGGUGGUGGUCCUUUCUCCAUUGGCCUGGAAGGUCCACCGAAACAAUAUUCAAUGUUACAAAAUGCCUCGUCGCUAGGCAUAGAUAUUAAAGAGGACGAUUGCGAAGAUCUAUCAAGCUACGUAAAAGAAACUAACGGUUUCGACACAUUAAUGGCUGAUUCUGAAAAUGGUACAUCCAACGAUCCUCUGCAGUUCACUGCUACUCUUACUUUUGCGGGUCCCACAGACCCUGACUUCCUGGAUAGCCUUAAUGACGCUGCCGAAUUGUUCUUUAAAGAGUCCCAAGAGUGUAUUCCUCCAUCACUAGUAGAACAACCUCUACAUAUGUUUAAUGAACAUAGAAACGGAUUUUCUGAAUCGCAAUCGGAAAAGCGCAAUUACUUACAGCAAGUGAACAAUAACAAUAACGGGCAGCCAGUACCAUGCAGAAAUAACUAUGGAAGUUAUGAUAUAUCAAAAGACAGAUUAUCACAAAGCAGUUUUGAAGACUCCAACCAACAAUUACAACAGUUACAAAUUCAAGUGCAAUUACAACAACCACAAAACGUGGAUGCAUGUGGACAAAUGAUGCUGUCGCCGGGUUUAUCGUCGCUAGAAAUGGACUCAAACACCAGCAUGUCAGCUCCGUCACCUGCUAGUGUUAGUAUGGAUGGUACAAUGUCAUCACUUACACCACCACCUCAAAACGGCAAAGAUUCCAGUAACUCCGCUUUGGAUGUCAGAGUACUUCAACAUAGGGUGAGAAAGACCACCCCACCCGUAGGGAAACCAAAAUAUACUUCUUUCACCAGUAAAUCAAUGGCAAAACUUGGUCUUCCAAAUGACUUGCCAUUCGAGUUUGUUAAUGGCGGCCACGGAAUUAAGAACCCAUUAGCUAAUCACGACACUUUACCGCCUCCACCGCCAGCGAUGCUAAUUAGAACACCAGAGCCAGAGAGGAGCAAUACUUCAGUAGCUCCCUCAACUAUUGUAUCAGUAAAUACUACUCCCGAACCAGCCGAAACAACAAAAAACGGUUCUAAGUUCUGUUGCAACCUGUGUUCCAAGACUUUCAACCUACAACGUUUGUUAAACAGACACAUGAAAUGUCACAGUGACGUUAAACGAUACCUAUGUACGUUCUGCGGAAAGGGUUUCAACGACACGUUUGACUUGAAGCGACAUACUAGAACACACACGGGUGUCCGGCCUUACAAGUGUAAUCUGUGUGAGAAAUCAUUUACCCAACGUUGUUCACUUGAAUCUCACUGUUUGAAAGUUCAUGGCGUACAUCAUCAGUAUGCUUACAAAGAAAGAAGGACAAAGAUGUACGUUUGUGAAGAAUGCGGACACACCACCAACGAACCUGAAGUACACUAUAUUCAUCUCAAAGAAAAACAUCCAUAUAGCCCGGCGCUGCUUAAGUUCUAUGAUAAGAGACACUUCAAGUUCACAAACUCAAACUUUGCCAACAUGUUGCUUCAAGUACGCACCUAAUAUUGGGAUGAUUGCAAUCAUAUUGCUAGACUGACCAAAAUGUUAAUCUAUUUUAACAAAUAUUUUUAAUUACUUACACUACGUAGAACUUAAUUUUUUAAUAACAAUUUAUGCUGUAUCGUUAAAAAAAUAAGUAAAUUAUUUGAUAUUAGAAUAUAUGACAAAAUAUCACCGCUUAAAUAUCUCUUACCAUUUUGUAACAUUUCGAUUGCAAAAUCAUUUUGUUUUACAAUUUAAAAUCCAUUUUACCAAUCUAACUUUUUUAUUUUAAGUAUUGAAUUAAUUGUUUUAGUUAGCAAAUAAGUAUGUAUGAUUUUUAACUAUAAAAUUUUCUAAAAUCUGCAAUAACUUUAUAUUAGGGUUUGUACUUUUUUUCGAUGUUUAUCGAAUGCUUGAUAAACAUGCUUGAUGGAUAUAAGUUUUUGUUGAUAAACACAUAAACAUAUAAUUUAUGUAUUUAAUUUAAAAUACAUAUUGAUUAAUGAUAACAAUACUAGAAGUACUUUUUGUACAACUAUUCUGUCAUUAUUAAACAAUUGUAUGUAUUUUAUAAUUAUACAAUUCCGUAAUAAAUUAUCUUUUUUAAGGUAGAAUAAUUAUCGUUUAAUAAAACCUUUUCAAUUAUAAACAUAAGUGUAUGAAACUUAUUUGUUAUCUUAAAUAAUAAAUCCACAAGUUAAUCGACUACUAUAGUACAAUUAAAAACUAAGAUACUUGUUAGCCCUAAUUUUCAAUACAUACUAUUUUAUCUUUAAUAUUUAAUAGUUUCUAAGUUCCGAAAAAAAGAGAUAAACGCCAUUUCUUCGAUCAUGUUCCAUUAAACAUGAUUUCUGUAGAUAAAAAUUGAUCCAAUAUUAAUGCCCAAUACUUAAUAAUUAACAAUUGUUGUUAGGUGUUUUUUAAUCAUAAACGUGGAAAAGUUAAAUUGUAUUUUUACAUUUUGUUCUUAAUUUUAAACCAUAAUAAUUUCCAUAAGAUAUAUUUUUGAAUUAAUUUUAGAGAUUUUUAAGCGAAUUCGUAUCAAUAAUAAUUAUUAAUUAAUGGUCAUUGAAGUCAUUUCGCUUUAACAAUAGUAUGCUUUGUAAUAUUUUUAUGUAGUACAAAACGUAGAUAGCUGUGCAAUUCUCAGAAAAAUUACUAACCAACUAUUCAAUACUUCAUAAAAAUGUAUUUUAUAAGUGCAUGGGUGGAUAUUUGGUUACAUCGUAGAUGGCUUGAACUUAACAUGGACCACGAAGAAGCUCCAAUUCUUUGGACAUUUUGAGUGGUUUCAGCCGAUUCUAGUGGGCUUAGGCUUACUCGACAGUUAAGCCUUUUCUAAAACACACCUACAAUAAGGUGAUGGUAAUUUAGUGGAAUAAAUCUAUAUACUUAAUACUGCAGUCGAAAUAUAAACUUAAGAACCCCUAAUUAUAUAUUUAUAACAGAUUUAUUGGCAAGAAUUCAUAGAUUAAAUAAUAAUAUUUUUUUCAAAAUAAAAUGAGUAUGACUUCAGCAUGAAUUUUAAGAAGUAUAUUUUAACAAUUUAAAUCGAUUGAAACGUUCAAUAUUUAAAUUACUAAAACAAUAGUAACUACGCGUGUUUUUUUUUAUAUUGCACCCAUAAAAAUAGUCAAUUUAAAUUUUAAAUAAAUCAAUAAGUACAAACAAUUACAUAGCUAAAUAUAUUUUAUACUCCCUACUUAUAUUUUUUAGUUGUCAAUAUUAUUAUGUACUAAGCUGUUCGGUUCAAUCCAUGAUACCUUGGUUACACCUUAUAAGUUUGUGAUACUUAAACUUUCGAGCAUUAAACAAAUAAAUAAAUAUCCGUCAAUUUAAAUAAAAGUGCUCGGAACAAAAUAAUUUAAAUUUGUAUGUAUAUAUAUAUAUAUAUAUAUUAUAUAUCAAUAUUACGAUAUAAUUAUGUACCAUAAUGACAUUUGUACGUAGGAAAUAUAUAUUAUAUAUAUUAUUCGGAUCAUUAGGCUAUUAUUAAUAGUUGUGACAUUCAUUUCAUCAGUGAUUACUAUAAUUUAUUAUUAUUCAAAGAGAUUUAUUUUAUUUAUUCAUACAGUAUUUCAAAGAGAUCAAUAUACCGAACUAUGGAAAGAGAUAUUAACGGCGAUAUUUUGAUUUUAAAAACCGUAAUGAAACUAUUAGGUACCAUUUACGUUCAAUCCUUUUAAAUAUUUAUCGGAAGUAGGUUGAAAGUUAUUUUGAAUGAGGUUUUAUGUACGUCAGGCUCUACACGUCGUUCAGUCGUUGAUAUUGUUGUUUUCUUAUAGAAAUGUUGAUAUUAUAUUGUAUAAUAUAAUGUUGUUUGGAUUUUGUAAAUAAUUAUUACUAUAAUGUUAAAUGUAGAUUUAAUUUUAGAUGUAAGUAGUAUUUAUUUGACACUCUCACACAUACGCACUCACAUAUUAAUUAUAAAUAUUAUACACGUGUGUGUAUAUUAUGCCUAGUUUAUUAUGUAAGUUUUAAGUAAUAAUUUUUAGGUACAAAGGUGAAACGGAUCGAUAUCGUGAUUUGUAUUAUUAUUUAUUAACAGUAAUUAUGAUUGUUUACGAAAGGUAACUUUCAUUAAACUAGCUAUGCCUAAAUUUACGUAAUUAUCAUAAUUAUUUUACUACAACGGGCGAUUUAGACAAUUGUUAUUAUUUUUUUUUUUAAGUUUUUAAAUCAACGACGUUGUAAUCCAGUAAUAGAUCUAACUGAACAUCAGUGUUUUGAAAUUUUCGUUACUUCAAAUGGAAAUGAUUUUAUUUUAUGAAGUUUACCACAAAGUACUUCAGAUAUUUCAAUGUAUCGGAGUAUCAGACUGCUGUACCUACAAUUAUAUUGUCUGUUCUCUGUUCUCGUAUUAUGGAAUUCAAUAUAUCGGGAGGUUGACUUAUUGCAGUAAAUGCACAAAUAGUAUACAUAAUAUUUGAAAUUUGUACAUACGUCAUUUUCUCUUAAAUAAUUAACGAACGGAUUUAUACCGGUACAUACUUAAUGGUUUUAUUUUCUUAUGUAAAAUUCCUAUAGUUACACAGAUUUCAUUCUAAACGAAAAGACGCCUGUAUAUAUGUAUAAAAAAAUUUACCUCUACCAAACCCUUUUAAUAUAUCGUUUUGGUGGUGUGGUGCGAUGCUGAAUGGUGACGGUACCAAUGGAGCUCGUGAAAUCAUAGAUUAUAUAUAAUCGGAGAGGAACUCUAAAAGAUCUAUCCCAAUGGGUAUAUAACCAAAGGAUCAAUAAUACAUAGAUAUACAGAUCUAACGAUUAACGGCACUGCUUGUGGUAUAUGGGCUCUCAUUAAAAAAUUAUACAUGUUAUGAUAAUAUAAUAAUAACAACGUGUAAAUAAAAUUAUAUAUAGUUGUUUUUUAAAUUUAUUGACGAAUAGGUUUGUGUAGAGUAAUUAUGUAGUAUUUAAAAAAAUCACUUUCGGGUCGGGUAGUGAUAUCCUAAAGUAUUUUUUUUUACCUCAGUGGAUGGAAAAUAAAUUAUUUAUAUAUAUUAUUAUGUUAAAUUAUAUGAUUUUUUAUUUAAGUACGAUUAUAGUCUAUAGAGUAUUAAACAUUUUUUUUUUUUUAAUGGGAAAGGAAUUCAAUAUUUUUUUUCUAUAGUAUUAAAUAUUUAAGUAUGAUAUUAUAUAUUUAUAUGUAAUACUAUAAACAUAAGCCUGUGAUACAUUUAAACUUAUUCUUAUACACGUCCUAACUGUAUUAAUUGUAUUAUUAUUAUUAUUAUUUUUUUUUUUUUUAUUAUUAUUAUUAUUAUUAUUAUUAUCAUUAAAUUAUUAUUAUUAUUGUCUUAACAUUAAGUAAACAAUAUUAUUUAGUUUGUAGGCAAUUUUUACAUUUUUACGUUGUACUUUUUAAGUUAUUUUAAUAAUAUACAAUUUUAUAAAAAUAUAUACAUUUAUACAUUA